AUGUCAUUUCCGUUGCGCGAAGCUGAAACUUUGGCGCCCCAGACUUUUAAACAUCUUGAAAACACUGGAGAGACAUCGUAAACACCAAGAAGACAAACAUUGGGCCAGUCCGGUAGUUUUCACGGCAAAGUAACGUUAGUAACGUUAGUUGACGAUGUUAGGGUAACGUUAGUUAAUAACCUCCUGGUUGUGACGAUGCAAAGUCGUUCAAAGCAAAAUAAGCUCUGUUCGGAUGGCUGAUGUCGGUGAGGUUAGCCCUCCGUUGACAACGCCGUUGGUCUGUUAGCUAAAAAGAUAUCCAGCUCAUUCAUAUAUCUAUGCAGAUCAUUUACCUAUGGUAGACAAGCUGGCUGUCGGGAAGAAACGCACAUAAAUACAUACACCUGCCUGUGGUUUCAUCAGAGUCGCCAUGAUCCGAAGCAAACUGAAAAAGACCAAGGCACCAGGGGGCCAAAAGAACAUCUCAUCCUUCUUUUCCUCUCAAAAUCACCACAAGGACUUGUCAUCUUCCACAAAAUUGCCUGUCAUUGGCACUGCACUAGCCAGGACUGAACCUCAGGUCAUAGAUGGUGAAACCUCGACAUUCAGACCCUAUUCCCCCAUAAAGAGGAGUAUCCUUGGGGACCUUGAAAACCUCCUGCCCUCCUCACCAGAUCUUCUCCUCUCUGUGCCUGAGACCCCCAACAGUCAGAUCAGGCUUGCUUCAUCUUCUUCCUCCAGAAAUCCAGGUCGACGGAGCCCCCAGCCCAGCAGAGAGGUGGUGAGCCUGGAGAAGCUCGGCCAAUUGUCUCCCAUCUGUCGUAGUCCCCGCUCCAAAGGGCAUAGUGCACGGAGGCUUAUGACUGAGGAGGGAGGGAAAACCAAGAGGGAAGAAGGAUGUUCUGGCUCAGUAAAAAGACUCAUCAGCCCUCCUCAAGAGUCUCACAAGGCCAAGAGACCAAGAAAUGCCAAUCCACCGGCACAAAGAACUGUGCUCAGCCCUACAGGUAGCAACCUGAAAGUAACAAGGCCUUUGAUUAGCCUUUUAAAGACACCUUAUUUCUCCAGUGACCAGUCUGAGAGGUCAGAGGGUCACACCAGAGGUACUGAAGUGGUCUUUAAUGAAAACAAAAACUCUUUUGUGGAACAGAGAAGACGAAGAGAUGAAGAGGAGGAAGAUUCUGGUUUUACUGUGAUAACAGAGCAGAAAGCAACAGGGGUCAAAGCCAAUGGAAACCCACACACUUGUCUGGAUAAGGAUACCCACACUCUUACUGCUCACAUGCACAAACCUAGUGUUCAAGCUAUCACACCUACAACACAAAGAAGUGCGAAGGAGGGAGAGAUUGACCUUAUCAAGUUAGGCGCUACAAGAACAGCAAUGACAUCAUCGAAUGGAGAUGGAGACAAUGUGACAUCAUCGGAUCAGGGGCGAGCUGGAGACAAGAAGCCAUUGGUUUUAGAUGUGGAGGAGAGGCCUGGCCACAAAACACUCACCAUCUCUUGCUCCAAAUCUCUACAUCCAACUGAGACGUGUCUGCUGAAAGAUGGAUGGGAGAUGACGCCUGUUUGUCAUGGUGAUGUGGUGCAUCUAGAGGGCUGCUCUGAUGCUGGAUCAUGGGUAGUGGACAGGGAGCAGGGCUUCCUGGUUUUACUACCUGAUAGCCUUAUCUCAGGAACCAGUAUCUCUAGCUCCAUUCGCUGCAUGAGGCGUGCAGUACUCGGAGACAUGUUCAAGAGUUUUGACGGUGGCUCCAAGCAAAUGCUAAACGGCACCAUGGUCCAUGAGGUAUUCCAGAGAGCAGCUACAGCCAAAGAUUUUUCUCUGGAAACGCUGUCUAAGCUGGCUAACCAAGCCCUGUGCAGUCCUCAGUACCUGGGAGACAUGUACAGUUUGGGUGUAAGCCAGGAAGAGAUGAAGCAGGAACUGCAUGACUAUCUGCCCUCACUGGAACAUUGGGCAAAGGAAUACCUCAGCUCCCCAACACCAAAAGCCAUCAGCCUCAAAAUCAACAGCAGGGCUCGGAGCAGAUGUCAGGACUCGGCAACUGUUGUCACGGUAGCAGAGCUGGCAGAUAUAGAAGAGAAUGUGUGGUCACCGAGAUUUGGUCUGAAGGGGAAAAUCGAUGUGACGGCACGGGUUCGAAUUCAAAGACCACGAAGCGGUAGUCACAGUACCCCGGAAGAGAGGACUAUCCCCCUGGAGCUGAAAACUGGGAAGGAGUCAAACUCGAUAGAGCAUCGCAGUCAGGUGAUUCUUUACACUCUGAUGAGCUUGGAGAGAUACAAUUCUGAAGCUGGCUUCCUGCUUUACCUCAAGACUGGCAACCUGCACCCUGUAGUGGCCGGCCACAUGGACCGCAGAGAGCUGCUGAAGCUGAGGAACACCUUGGUUCAUCACAUUCACAACUGUGUGGAGAAAGAGGCGAAGCGGAGCCGUUUGUCUAGACUUCCUGAAAUCUUGACAGACAGACAAACCUGCCAGUAUUGUCCUCAGAAGAGAAACUGUGCUUUAUAUGAGAGGGUGGUCGAUGGUAGCUCUGCAGACGUCCGCGAGGAUGUUGUGCGUGACUUCCUAGAGCAGGAGACAGGUCACCUGAUCCCACCACAUCUAAGCUAUUUUUCCCAUUGGCUGCUGCUCUGUUUCCUAGAGGCUGCCACCAUGGAGGCCAAGAAUGGCCGAAAGCGUGUGUGGCUUCAGACGGCUGAAGAGAGUGAGAAGAAUGGGAGCUGUGUGGGGAAUGUGCAGCUCAGUGGCCCAGUGACCGUGCAGUCUGAAGGGGUUUUUCUCCAUCGUUUCCAGCGAAGCAGUGUGGUGCCACAGAAGGGUUUGGCCAGCAGUGGUUUGGCCAGCGGGGAUCGCAUUGUUGUUAGUGACCAGGAAGGUCGCCUGGUUGGUUUGGCAACAGGGUACCUGUCUGAGGUCAGCAUGACAUCGAUCAGCUGCACUCUGGACAGAGACCUGUCUAAGUUCAGUGGUGUAUUGUUUCGAUUGGAUGGUGAUGAAGGUGUGGUGGGCCUCAGCACUCACCUCACCAAUCUCUCCAGGCUGAUGGAAAACUGUCAGGGCAGUGAUCGUCUGAGGGAGCUGGUUGUUGACCUUCGUCCUCCAGAGUUUAUUUCCAACCUCAGUUCUGUUCUGCCAAGAGAGGCCAAGGACACUGUGGCCAACAUCCUCAAAGGUCUCAACAAACCACAGAAGCAGGCCAUGAAGAAGGUGUUGUUAUCUAAAGACUACACACUGAUUGUUGGGAUGCCAGGCACAGGCAAAACCACAACCAUCUGCACCCUGGUUCGCAUCCUUCACGCAUGUGGGUUCAGUGUGUUGCUGACCAGCUACACACACUCUGCUGUUGACAACAUCCUGCUGAAGCUAAAGCGCUUCAGGGUUGGGUUUCUGCGUCUUGGGCAGGGGCAGAAGGUUCAUCCAGACAUCCUGCCUUACACAGAGGAAAGUGCAAGGAAGAAGGGAGUUCAUAGUCUGUCAGAGUUGGAGCAGCUUUAUAACAAAGAGCUGGUAGUGGCAACCACCUGUAUGGGCAUCAAGCAUCCCAUUUUCACACGUCGCCGGUUCGAUUUCUGCAUCGUAGAUGAAGCUUCACAGAUCAGCCAGCCCAUCUGUCUGGGACCCCUGUUCUAUGCCAAGAGGUUUGUCCUGGUUGGAGAUCACCAACAGCUGCCACCAAUAGUACAAAAUCAGGAGGCGAGGUCACUUGGGAUGGAUGAAAGUCUCUUUAAGCGACUAGAGCUCCAUAGUGAAGCAGUGGUCCAACUCAAUGUACAGUACCGGAUGAAUAGGCAGAUAAUGUCUCUCAGUAACUCCCUGAUGUAUGAGGGCCGCCUGGAGUGUGGAUCAGAGAGGACAGCCACAGCCCUGCUCACCCUGCCCUUCCUGCUCUCUGUCCAGUCAGAGCUUAGUUCCUACUCUAAGACUCACCCACAGCACGACCUGGCUUGGCUACAGCCCACAUUGUUGCCCAGCAACCCUGUUUGCUUCAUAGAUUGCUCCAUGGUGCCAGCACUAGAGUCUGUGGAGCAGGGGGGCGUAAGCAAUCGCACCGAGGCUGCUCUCAUACACAAGAUCCUUUCACUGCUGAUAAAGGCAGGGUGUAAGCCCAGUGAUAUAGGUGUUAUCGCCCCCUACAGACAGCAGUUAAAGAGUAUCUCUGCUCUGCUGCAGUCCUCUGCUUUCACCGGUGUGGAGGUGAAUACAGUGGACAGAUACCAAGGACGGGACAAAAGUCUGAUCAUUUUUUCUUUUGUGAGGAGCACUACAGACGAAGGAAACUUGGGAGAGCUGUUGAAGGACUGGCGUCGUCUGAACGUAGCCAUUACCAGGGCUAAACACAAGCUGCUGAUGGUGGGCUCUAUCACAACGCUACGACGCUACGCUCCUGUGGAGAAACUACUCAACCAUCUCCAGCAAGAGAACAUGAUUAUCCAGCUCCCACCAGCUGCCCACGAGGCCUUACCAAGCAUGUCCUUUUGAUAGAAGUCUUUGACGCCGUGGUGGUGUUUCCAGUCUCUUAGUGGAGCAGCCAGUGGCUGUGGAUCACCUCAAUAGGGCACAGUCUGCAAACCCACUGAAUGAUCUGGAGGCUGUGAUUAGUUGACAACAAUUUAAAACCUAGCCAUUGCUGUCCUGUCCAUCUUUGGAAAAGAAAAUCAACAGUUAAAGUACGACUUGGAACAGUGUUCCAGCAAACUAAUUUAACUGGCAGUGUUUCCCGUUCAAAAGAAACGCCAAAUAUCCAUUCCAGUGUUUCCCCUAUUAAUUCUCUGAAGCGUGCCGCCGUGAGCCACUGCCUGUCUUACGUUACAUUCCUACCUUUGAUUAUCUUUUGUCCCUCCUAACAAGCAUUUGAUGGCUUGUAACUGGAGAUACAGAUUACACUAAUCAACACACUAGGAAUGACACCUGAGGAACCUGUAGCAUUUUGAGGGGACACUGUCUCUGAUCUGCACCACACUAGUUAAACAUAAGUUUUAUAAUAGAAUGACUUUUAAAUUAGUCUUUAUUUUCAAAGCCCUUGGAAACAGACGUAUCGUUGUUGUGAAAAAUGCAAAUAUUAAAUGCACCAUUCAGUGUCUUUUCCUAUUGCCACAUCUUUUGCUUUUUUGGGCUUUUCAUACUGAAACAAGUGGAGUAGAGCGGCCCCAAAAACGUAAUCACCAGACUGAACCUCAACAAGCUUAGCUGCUCGAUUAUGGUACUGUGUGUCAAACCUCAACUAGGACUCUAUUGAUACGCUGACAAUAUUUUAGACUUGACUGUUGGUACUUUCUCUAAGCAUUUACACACACGCACAUAACAGACAAGUCAUUCCUAUGUGAAUAUGGAGACCAUACCGAGUUAUUUAAAGUUUAUGUCACUCAGCUGGAACAGUCAGAUAAGCUCAGAAAUGUCUCAGUCAACUGAACUGCAGUUGAAUUGUACGAUGAAAACUCUUGAACUAAAAACAGAAAAGUGAUGCUACAAUACAAUAUUAAAAUAACCAGAAUUAUUUGUAGUCCUAAAUUACUAAAUCAAUAUUUUUCCAGAUAAAACCUGAAGUACAUGUUUUAUAAAGGAUGAGGUGACGGCUGUAGUGUGUACUGUAAUACCUUAUUUUGUGGAUCAACUAUACAUCACUGAAGUUCAUACAUACUUGAUGAAUAAUAUGGCAUCGACAGUACUUGGUUUUAAUCUGUGAAUGGACUACAACGGUAAAGAAAUGGAAACAGCAUACUGGUAUAUACUGUACAUAAAGUUAGUGUCGGUAGCACAAAAAGCUCAAACAAAACCAAGUAUUUGGGUCAAUUCCUUUGCAUACAACAGAAUACGAGCAAAGCUAAAGCUGUACGGAGACAGUAUGCUUACAAAGGAAACUACUUGGUAUAAUGAGAACCAGUUAAAACUCUAGGAAUUUGUAGGAAACCACAAUUAUUGAACUGUGAUAAUUUAACUAAUGAUUUAGUUUUUCAUUACUGUGAUUAGAGCAGGUUGUAUAACGUCACCAAGCUAACUGUGAUUCCACCUUUGAUCUGUAUGACCUCCAACACAACCUCUAAUUAUUCAUGUCUUGUCUCUGUAUUUAGUUUUUAAUUAAGUGAUUUUUGCAUCAGUUUUGUGAAUAAAUAAUACAAAUACUA